AUGUGUGCGGUCAAUAUCAUUCAUCAGCACAACUCAACACCACCGGAGCCUGCAGGGAAGGAUGAGGAGACACGGGGGAACGCCAACAUGUCCAGCCUGGACUCCAACUCCAGCUCCAGCCCCAAACCCAGACCCAUCUCCAACCCCAGACUCAGCUCCAGCCCCAGCUCCAACCCCAGCUCCAGUCCCAGAUCCAACCCCAGACCCAACCCGAGACCCAGCUCCAACCCCAGUUCCAACCCCAUACCCAGCUCCAACCCCAACUCCGAACCCAAACCCAGCCCCAGCUCCAAUACCAGCUACAAACACAUCCCCAACCCAAAACCCAGACAGCUCCAACCCCAACUCAGCUCCAACCCCAGCUCCAACCCCAGACUUAGCUCCAACCCCAGACUCAUCUCCAACCCCAGCUCCAACCCCAGACUCAGCUCCAACCCCAGACUCAGCUCCAACUCCAGACCCAGUUCCAACCCCAGACUCAGCUUCAAUCCCAGACUCAAAUACAACCCCAGACCCAGCUACAACCCUAGACCCAGCUACAACCCUAGCUCCAACCCCAGACUCAGCUAUAACCCUAGACUCAGGUCCAACCCCAGAGUCAGGUCCAGCCCCAGCUCCAACGCCAGACUCAGCUCCAACCCCAGCUCCAACCCCAGACUUAGCUCCAACCCCAACUACAAUAAAGACUCAGCUCCAACCCCAGCUCCAACCCCAGACUCAGCUCCAACUACAGACUCAGCUCCAACUCCAGCUCACACCCCAGACUCAGCUCCAACUCCAGACUCAGCUCCAACACUCAGCUCCAACCCCAGCUCCAACCCCAGACUCAGCUCCAACUACAGACUCAGCUCCAACUCCAGCUCACACCCCAGACUCAGCUCCAACCCCAGACUCAGCUCCAACUCCAGACCCAGUUCCAACCCCAGACUCAGCUUCAAUCCCAGACUCAAAUACAACCCCAGACCCAGCUACAACCCUAGACCCAGCUACAACCCUAGCUCCAACCCCAGACUCAGCUAUAACCCUAGACUCAGGUCCAACCCCAGACUCAGGUCCAGCCCCAGCUCCAACUCCAGACUCAGCUCCAACCCCAACUCCAACCCAGACUCAGCUCCAACCCAACUCAGCUCCAACCCCAGCUCCAACCCCAGACUCAGCUCCAACUACAGACUCAGCUCCAACUCCAGCUCACACCCCAGACUCAGCUCCAACCCCAGACUCAGCUCCAACUCCAGACCCAGUUCCAACCCCAGACUCAGCUUCAAUCCCAGACUCAAAUACAACCCCAGACCCAGCUACAACCCUAGACCCAGCUACAACCCUAGCUCCAACCCCAGACUCAGCUAUAACCCUAGACUCAGGUCCAACCCCAGACUCAGACUCAGCUUCAAUCCCAGACUCAAAUACAACCCCAGACCCAGCUACAACCCUAGACCCAGCUACAACCCAAGCUCCAACCCCAGACUCAGCUAUAACCCUAGACUCAGCUCCAACCCCAGCUCCAAUCCAAGACUCAGCUCAAACCCCAGACUCAGCUCCAACUCCAGACCCAGUUCCAACCCCAGACUCAGCUUCAAUCCCAGACUCAAAUACAACCCCAGACCCAGCUACAACCCUAGACCCAGCUACAACCCUAGCUCCAACCCCAGACUCAGCUAUAACCCUCGACUCAGGUCCAACCCCAGACUCAGGUCCAGCCCCAGCUCCAACGCCAGACUCAGCUCCAACCCAAGCUCCAACCCCAGACUUAGCUCCAACUCCAGACUCAGCUCCAACCCCAACUCCAACCCAGACUCAGCUCCAACCCAGCUCCAACCCCAGACUCAGCUCCAACUACAGACUCAGCUCCAACUCCAGCUCACAACCCAGACUCAGCUCCAACUCCAGACUCAACUCAGCUCCAACCCCAGCUCCAACCCCAGACGCAGCUCCAACUACAGACUCAGCUCCAACUCCAGCUCACACCCCAAACUCAGCUCCAACCCCAGACUCAGCUCCAACUCCAGACCCAGUUCCAACCCCAGACUCAGCUUCAAUCCCAGACUCAAAUACAACCCCAGACCCAGCUACAACCCUAGACCCAGCUACAACCCUAGCUCCAACCCCAGACUCAGCUAUAACCCUCGACUCAGGUCCAACCCCAGACUCAGGUCCAGCCCCAGCUCCAACGCCAGACUCAGCUCCAACUCCAGCUCCAACCCCAGACUUAGCUCCAACUCCAGACUCAGCUCCAACCCCAACUCCAACCCAGACUCAGCUCCAACCCAGCUCCAACCCCAGACUCAGCUCCAACUACAGACUCAGCUCCAACUCCAGCUCACACCCCAGACUCAGCUCCAACUCCAGACUCAACUCAGCUCCAACCCCAGCUCCAACCCCAGACGCAGCUCCAACUACAGACUCAGCUCCAACUCCAGCUCACACCCCAGACUCAGCUCCAACCCCAGACUCAGCUCCAACUCCAGACCCAGUUCCAACCCCAGACUCAGCUUCAAUCCCAGACUCAAAUACAACCCCAGACCCAGCUACAACCCUAGACCCAGCUACAACCCUAGCUCCAACCCCAGACUCAGCUAUAACCCUAGACUCAGACUCAGCUCCAACCCCAGCUCCAACCCCAGACUUAGCUCCAACCCCAGACUCAGCUCAAACCCCAGCUCACACCCCAGACUCAGCUCCAACCCCAGACUCAGCUCCAACUCCAGACCCAGUUCCAACUCCAGACUCAGCUUCAAUCCCACACUCAAAUACAACCCCAGACCCAGCUACAACCCUAGACCCACCUACAACCCUAGCUCCAACCCCAGACUCAGCUAUAACCCUAGACUCAGGUCCAACCCCAGACUCAGACUCAGCUCCAACCCCAGACUCAGCUCCAACUCCAGACUCAGCUCCAACUCCAGACUCAGCUCCAACUCCAGAAUCAGCUCCAACUCCAGAAUCAGCUCCAACCCCAGACUCAGCUCCAACCCCAGACUCAACUCCAACCCCAGACUCAGCUCCAACUCCAGAAUCAGCUCCAACCCCAGCUCCAACCCCAGAAUCAGCUCCAACCCCAGAAUCAGCUCCAACCCUAGACUCAGCUCCAACUCCAGAAUCAGCUCUAACCCCAGAAUCAGCUCCAACACCAGACUCAGCUCCAACCCCAGCUCCAGAGGGGCAGAAGAAGACACAUCCAGGAGAGAUGACUACAGUUGA